CAGCGCGGGGACCUGGACCGGGAAGUCAGCGGCCGUAACGGGCUCGUCCUGCGGAGAGUAGUCAGUGCUGCGCUGUCCGAGCCCCGCGCUGCCCAGCCCUGCGCCGCGCGAGCCCCCGGCUCCACCUCAGGAACAAAAGAAAUGGAAGAAUUGUCAGAUGUUGAUGCCUUUGCAACUAGACUAAAGAAUACCCUCAUCCAGUACCAUGGCAUAGAAGAUGAUAAUUGGCGAAUGGUUAAGAAAAUGAAAGAUGUAAUAGUUUGGAGAAAACCUUCAGAAGAAUUUAAUGGAUAUCUCUUCAAAGCCCAGGGUAUCAUAAAUGACACUGUCAAUGCUGUCAUAGAUCAUAUCCGCCCAGGGCCCUGUCGCUUGGACUGGGACAGUCUCAUGACUUCAUUGGAUAUUUUGGAGCAAUUUGAAGAGAAUUGCUGUGUGAUGCGUUAUACUACAGCAGGUCAGCUUUGGAAUAUAAUUUCUCCGAGAGAGUUUGUUGAUUUCUCCUACACCAUAGGCUAUAAGGAAGGACUUUUAUCCUGUGGGAUCAGUCUUGACUGGAAUGAAAAGAGACCAGAAUUUGUCCGUGGGUAUAACCAUCCCUGUGGGUGGUUUUGUGUGCCUCUUAAAGACAAUCCAAAUCAGAGUGUUUUGACGGGAUAUAUUCAGACAGAUCUACGUGGGAUGAUUCCUCAGUCUGCAGUAGAUACAGCCAUGGCAAGCACUUUAAUCAACUUUUAUGGUGACUUACGAAAGAUUUUACAAAAGGCUUAAUACACUCAGAUUUCAGUAUUAUGUUCCCCUCAAUCUGCAUGGUCUGAAAAUUUCCUCCUUUUCUUUCUUCACAAACUGUAGAGAAAGUUGAUAUAUUUUUGGUUCCUUUUCUUCCUAAAGUAUCUUUGAGAAGACGUUUCCAUUUUCUUAAGUGGUCAUUUGUAUGUUGUUUGGUGUGGCAUUGUGUCUGGGAAUGGGAAGUGGGGAAACCCACACAAUAGACACAGUCCUCAGACCCAGACUCCCAAAAAGUUGAGUAAUGCCUUGAUAUGAAUAUUCUGGCUGCUGGAAAAUUAGAGAAAGUAUACAUUUUAUGUUACUAGAUUAAGAAAGUCCAAUUCAGUGCUAUAAAUGUUUUGCAAAUAUUUUUUUCAUUUUUUAUAAGGUAAAUAUUAGUGCUUUACUUUUUGGUGUACUCUGUGAGUUUGCCAAGAUCUUGGACUAAAGAAAAAUCUCUUCUCUAUAUUUUAUAAAGAGAAACUUUAUUAUCUGUUGACCGAUACUUCUUUAAGUAUUAAAAGGAGCAGAUAAAAGAUAUGAUAUUAUCUAUAGUGAUCAAAUGCAAUUCUGUUUUGAUACCUAGAGAGCAUUAUUUUAUAGGUAUCUUAAAAAUAUUUGUAUCUUUAUAUGUAUUUAUUUUGGGAGUCUUAAAAGAAUCUACACAUGAAUGAGACGGUAUAGAAACUCAGAGAACUGUAUUUUAUAUACAGAGAACUGUAUAUAGCUCCAUUUUGAUUGGGCAGUAGUCUGUGUUGUAUGAAAUGAUUGGUGAUAUUCUUUAGUCACCAGUAGAGAACCGUCUCUCCGGAAAGUCAGAUGCAGUGAAUGUUAUGUAUUUCUUUCAUUUUCAGAAGUAACAUUCAAACUCAUAAAGAAUUACCAACUGUAUUACAUGCAUUUACAGUUAUGAUAUAACUCCAGUCUGGAAUUGUAACAGAUGUGAUCAUAGAUGUAUCCUAAUGUCUAAAUGUGUCAGCAAAUCCCUUGAUUCUGUGGUCUCCUUAAAUGAAGUUCAUAAGUGAUUUUAACAUUCCAAUUUAUUUCUCAACUUCUGAACUGCUCAUCUAGUUUCCUUCUGAAAUGAGCAGUCAAGGCAAUCUAGCGUGACUGUUCAAAUCCAUGUAUGUAUUUGCGUUUGUGUACAUGUAUAUGUCUUGAAAUCUAUUUCAGUGUACAAAGUGAGUUUUAUAGUAUUGUUUCUGUUUCUAGUGCUUCUUUUGUUUUUUUGUUAGUAUUUUUGGUUAAUGGGGUAAAGUAAGCUCAGAAGCAUGUUUAGACACAAAAAAAAGCACAAAGGUGUAUAGUAAUUCAGAUGCAUAAAAAUUUGAUGUUUUAUUAUUAUUAUUAUUAUUUUUUGCUUUUUCUGAGUGUAAGUAAAGAAAGCAUAAGUGGGGCUGGAGCAAUAGUACCACGGGUAGGGCAUUUGCCUUGCACACAGCCGACCCGGGUUCAAUUCCCAGCAUCCCAUAUGGUCCCCUGAGCUCCGCCAGGGGUAAUUCCUGAGUGCAGAGCCAGGAGUAACCCCUGUGCAUUGCUGGGUGUGACUAAAAAAGAAAAAAAAAAGGAAAAAAAAAAGGAAAGCAUAAGUCAUUAAGUCAUUUUCUUCCGACUUACUGUGAUAAACUACAAAAAGUAGAACUGAUCUCUAUUUUAAAUUAUUUCCUAUUAAGAAUGAUGAUUUCAAAAAUCAAAAAGGCAGCUGUAACACUACAAUAUCCGUAGUGGAAUGUUUCUAGAAUAAAAUAUUUUUUGCAAGAUCUAACGGGAGCAGUUUCCAUUGAUCCUAUCUUGGUUGAGUUUUAUUAAUCUUUUGCUAAGUUGACUAUAACUUUUGAUUUGCUAGAUUUCUUUGUUACUUUUUCCUCUUUUGCAACAGGGGAAAAAACUUGACAGUAUAGAUUUCAUUUAAUUUUGUCAAUUUUCUUUCAUUUGGUUUUAUCCAUGUGAUUUUGGGAGGCCUUUUAUAUGUCAGUAUUUUGUCUAGGAUGGUGACAUACCAGCAGAUGUCCAAUUAGAGGGUUCUAGAUUGGGUUAAAAAUUUGCAACAAGACUGUGCAUUAAGUAAGGGCUACUGAUGCCUGAUCUAGACACCCUUGAGGGUAGGUCAACUGUCCAGUCACAGCUGCACUGAUAUCCCCUUUUAACUUCUAUCUUGAUUAGUUUUUAUGCAAUCCACUGUUGAAUGUAAACUACUGCAGGCAGGCAAAAGGACACUUACAGCAAUUUUUUAAUUCAACAUUGUCAUUCAGAUGGAUUAAAAAUUAUAUUUGAAUUACCUGAAAUUUAUACAUAGACUCUACAUGUCACUUUAGAUCUGUUGAGCUCUAGUUCUUGACUUUAAAAAACACAGCUUUAUUGAGGUGAGUUUACAGUUUACCAGUGAUAAGUAUACGAUUCAGUCAUUUUUAAAUACUUUUAUAUUUGUAUGUGUCACAAUAAAUCAGAUUUAGUACAUUUGCAUCACUGGGAAAAGAUCCUUUUUGCCCAUUUGUAGAGUCAUAUUAACUUUUGCCCAUUGUAGAGUUAUAUAUUAACCAAAGUUUAGCAUAGUUUACAGUAAACUGGAGAUUAUGAAAGAGAUGAGGUUUUAUUUGGCUUUCUUUUUUUAAAGGAGGAGAGUUGUGUUUAAUCUAAGCUCAGGAAUCCUGAGAUAAUGUAUGAAAUAUAUUAUCUCAUAUCAUAAUAGUAUAUAAUAUAAUGUGUGUUGGAUUAAUAUUAGCACAGUUGAUAUUUCCAUUGUAGUGCUGUAGAAUAGAAAAUAUGAGUCAUGUACACAUUUCAAAAUUUUUAGUAGCCAUGUUAAAAAAGUGAACAGAACUUGGAGCUAGUUUUAUUAGUGUAGUUAGUCUGACUCAAUAUAUCUUUGAUAUUUUCUUCUCAACAUGUAAUUAAUGUAGAAAUGCUGAAGAUAAUUUAUAUCCAUUUCUUUCAAUUGGGUAUGUAUUUUAUUCAUUUGUACUUCCAGUAUUGUAAGUCUCAUUCUUGCAUGAGGGCAGUGGUCUAUAGUGAACAGCACAGUUAUAUAGUUUAUGCAUAAAUUGUUUCUCUAUGAUAAGAAUUAGAGAAUCUGAUAAAAUUAGAUUUUUUAAAAAAUCUCUUCUUGUCUCUGGAUCCUUUAGUGCUGGCUUAGUGGAACCUCUGACGUUAGGAAUGAAUUAGUAGUUGUCAGUAAAUUAAAAAUCAUAACAAAAUAUUUCUCUUAAUGGUUAAAUUUUAUAGGGUAGUUAGUGAGAUGAAGGAAUAUAGUCAUCCUACAUAUGUGGCUGUUGGGUCCCCACUGGCACUGCCCCUGAGCUAUCUGGCUAUGCUGCCCCGUUGACUGCACAUCCCAGGUCCUGGAGGCAGGAGAGCUCCUGAGACAUUGCUCAGAGGCAAAGGGCAGUGCCAGAGGGGCACCUUCUCCCGUAAUUUAUAACCGUUGCUCCUCUGUUUUGAGCAGUUUGACUUGGCUCAGGCCUCUUCCUCUUCUUCACUAGGAUGUUAUGUUAAUUGUUAACAAAAGUGGUUCCCUGCCACCUUUGUCUCGCCACUGCAGUGCUGCAUGGCUCAUGGACUCCCCAGCAGACUCCCACUUGCCCACGUUUGUUGAACGUCUCCUGUGUGCCACACUGCCCCUGCGUGGUAUUCUGUCAGUCACUGUCCCUCCACUCUCAGGUGGCUCCUCCUCCCUAUAAUUAUCCUGUUGAAAUGGGAAUAAAGGUUGUUGAUUAUUGUCUGGCCAUUUGUCUGCAACCAGUUUGUCUAUCAGCCAGGGACCCUCUAUGAGCCAGGAUGCACCCGGGGACCAGUCACUGCAGGAUGGUGACUCGGACACGUGGCUAAUUAUUUUCUCUAACUUAUAGCUACUUUGCAUUAACAACAUGUAUAUACAGUAAAUAUUUAGCAUAGUAUUGUUUUCAGUACAGGGUACCUAUAUUUUUAAGGGAGUUAGUUUUUAUAAAAGAAAAAAUAAUUUAUCAUAAGUGAUACUAUUAUAAAAACUUAGUUCAGAGGGAUAAUUAACUGUUGAUUUUAAUACAGUACUCAGCAAAAAUAGUUAUGGAAUUUAAUUGCAGUUAAUGUUUAAUGUAUUUUGCUGAAGUAGAUUGUAAAUGUUAAAAUUCUUUUUGUUUCAACAUUCUGCAUAUAUGAAUUUGGAUAUAUAUGAAACUAUACUUCAAUCGCAAAAUUAUCUCCCAAUAAAAUUCCCCCUCCCCCCCCAAAUUCUCUCCAUUAAUUGAAAGACAUCUUAUCAACUCUGUUUGAAAUAAAUUAACAUCUCAGCUUAAGACCUCUGUAGUUCAGGUUCCUAUGAAGAAGAUAGGAAAGUGUUAUAGAAUCAAGCCUCCUGCCUAUUGAGCUCAGGUAUGGGUAGAUUCCCUUGGAUAUAGGGACAAGCUUUAACUUUAUAUCAACAGCACACUAACAUCCUUAGACACAGUUAGGAAAAUCCAGUUACUUUUCCAACUCUGAAUUAAUAAGACAGCAAUGAGAGAUGCUGAUCCGGCUUCUGUCAGACCCUGUGGAGAGUUCUAUACCCAGUGUAUCCCCCAUGCUUUUCUUACUCAACUAUUUGAAGAAGAAAGAUUAGAUUCCUCCUACAGUGUAGGAAGUCGGAUUUAGAAUUUUUUCAUUAUUUUGCUUUAGUGACUUUACAUGUGUAGUUAAAGAUUUAUUUCUUGCAAUUAAAUGAAAGCUAUAUUACAUAUGUAGUUUAUUUCUUUAGAAGCUUCCAAUUGUUUUAUAGGCUGGUAUGUAAAACUAGAUGAUUUAUUAAAUAAGAGCAUGUAUUACUGUAAAUAAAAAGUUUUUAUUUUUAAAUUGUUUUGAAACAUACCAAAAUAAAGUUCUAGAUACUUUUA